AUGAAGCCCGCCGCGCUCUUCGUCAUGGCUUUUGCCACUCACACUCUCGCUGCCCCCGUCGCUGACGCUGCGGCCGGGGACGUUGAGAGCCGCGACUACUCCAACUACGGCAAGUACGACGACUAUGGCCCGGACUCCUACACCAACUAUGGUACCUACGAUAAAUACAAAGAGGACGGUGUGGCGCCCGCCCCGGCGGCCUACGCCGACUACGGCAGCUACCCUGACAAGUACACCUCUUACGACAAGUAUCCCGAUCACUACGCAACCUACGGCACCUACAAGCGGUUUGCCGCCUGGGUGAAGAACAUCUUCGCAUAA